AAAAUCUUUAAUCUCAGUUUGACCUCAGCAGCCUGUUUCGAUUUUUUCUUUCGUUUUUUUUUUGUUUAAUUUCGUUGUUGUGAAACUUUUGCAACUCUCAUUAUUGUACAUUUCAUGUCUGAUGUAGCCUAUUGAAGACAUUUUUAAAUAUUGAAUAUUGAUAAUGUUUUAAUUCGUUUACACACAUUUAUUUUAGAUCGAUGUUGGUCAUUCUUCAUCAUUUUCAGUCAGUGCUGUGACAGACACAUCCAAUAUAGAUAAGCCAGAUCGUAGCUCUUUAUGAAAAUAAAAAUAACGCUACACAGUCCUGUAACCUCUCGUAUUGACCACACUGUAAAUUAAAUAAGAAAUUAUACGGACUGGAUCAUAUUUGCGUAAAAGAAGUGAAAGGCGGGCUAGAGUGAGUGAAGGCGAGUGCCAACCACGGUCAUGUGAGGAGUCACUUGACCGGAUUGAGUGUCAGCGGUGAUUUGUGCCAGAAAAAUGGCAGCACGAGUGAAAGGGAAAGGUUUACAAGAUGGAGAGUAAGAUAGUAAGACCAGCUGUGAUUGAUGGUUUGGAGAAGACAGGAGGGAGACUGGAGGUUACAGCUGAAGUUGGGAGUUGCACGAUCUGAUAUUCCUCUGUCGGUUUCUUCCUAUCAUCAGAAGACUGCUGGUCCAGGAUCAGCAUUGCAACUGCCCAGUAACGUUGUGUGAUUAUUCAGUGAAACACUCACUGAAGUACUUUGUCACUGGAUCCUCUGGGGUUCCAAACAUCCCAGAGUUUGUGGGUGUACUAAUGGUUGAUGGGAUCCAGACUGGUUACUGCGACAGCAGCAGCAAGACAUUACAACCACAGCAGGACUGGGCGAAGAAACUAUUAGAAAACAACACUCAGCAGCGGGACUGGUAUAACAAGAAGUGUUUUGAGGAUCAACCAAAACUUUUCAAAGACACGAUUUUUAGCUUGAAGCAGCAGUUCAACCAAAGUAAAGCUGUGCACAUUUUACAGAUGAUAGAAGGCUGUGAAUGGGAUGAAAACACUGGAGAAGUGACUGGUGUGUUACUGUAUGGUUAUAACGGAGAAGCCUUUAUGGAUUUUGAUCUGAAGACACUGACAUGGAUCGCACUGAAACCAGAGGCUGUCAUUACCAAACAGAAAUGGGAUACUGAUCGACUCAGAAUAAAACACAAAGAAAAUGACCUCACGAACAUUUGUCCAGCGUAUCUGAAGAUGUAUGUGGACCAUAAGAAAGGUUUCUCACAGAAAAAAGUUCUUCCUUCAGUGUCUCUCCUUCAGAAGUCUUCCUCCUCUCCAGUCAGCUGCCACGCUACAGGUUUCUAUCCUGGCAGAGCCGAGAUGUUCUGGAGGAAAGAUGGAGAGGAGAUUCAUGAAGGUGUGGAUCCUGGAAAGAUCCUCACCAACAAUGAUGAUACCUUCCAAAUGAGUGUUGACCUGAUUGUUUCAUCAAUCACCCCUGAAGACUGGAGAAAAUAUGAGUGCGUGUUUCAGCUCUCUGGUGUUGAGGAUAUUGUCAUGAAACUGAAUGAAGCAGUGAUCAGAACCAACACAGAGGAAAACAUUAGGAAAGAAAAUGCUUCUAGCAUGAUGAUCCCCAUCAUUGCUGCAGUGGUUGUUCUUGUUCUCAUCCUCGGUGCUGCUGUUGGAUUUGCUGAUUACAAAAAGAAGAAAAAAAGCGAUACUGAACCAUUUCCGGGCAACACCUUUGAACUUGAGAUCUUGAUCUCUGAGAGACUGAAUCCAGAGACUGCACAGACAAACACAGCACACUACUGAAACAUGUUAGGACCAAAGAAGAUUUUUGUUCAUUUUAUUAUUUUUAUUAAUUAUAUUUCUUAAGUUUCUGGUGUUUUUCUGAUGAGGAUGUAAUCAUUAUUUGUUACUGAAUAAUUUAAACCAUAUUAGUGAUUACUAAACACUUUCUAAACUGUUGUUUUCAUUAAGACUUUAGUAGCUUAAGGAAUACAUUUUAGUUAAAUUAAUUGUUUUUUUUUACAUACUAACAAUAUUUUACUAGUUUUCAGGUUGGACUUUAGACUUGAUAUGUAUCAAUACCUUACAUCAUCUGUUAUUUUUUAAAGCAUUCAGUGUAUUGAGUUCUUCUGGUUAUUUGAAGGUCUCAGCUUUUUUAAAAAAGGUGACUGACUCUGAGCCAGUAAUGCUCCCAAGAGCCCAUUGAGGUCAGACUGGCUCCAGCAUUACUGCUCAAAAUAUAGUUUUUUCAUGUUUUUGUGUUUUGUUUUGUUUGUGAAGUCUGGGAGUUUUUUGGAGAUUGACCUAUGCUUUAAUGUUCACAUAAAAAUGUUGUUCACUGAUGUUUAAGUCAAUUACAAAGAUCUCCACAAUUUGAUGGAUUGAGUUCUUCUGGUUAUUUCAAGGUGUCUGCUUGUUAAACAGACUUUCCUCUCAAGUCCCCAUCAAGUCAG